AUUUCCGUAGUCUUCUUGUCAGCCUGUCGCCAACGCGCUGGAUAAGCUAACCUAGCCACCAGCUAGCUAGCUAGUUAAAGAGCAAUCUGUGCGAUCACGUCGUGGUCGGCUUUGUGCUUUCUCUGAACGAUUUGGGAUGUUGGAACUUCUUUCACAGUCUAGCAUUUGUGUUUCGUGAAAGCGAUAAACAAAGCCCUACCAAUAUUGUUUUUCACCCAGGGCUGUGUGUUCUUUAUCUAACACUAUUCCAGGAAUAUGGCGGACGGCGGUCAUUACUACAACGAACAUGAUGACAGAACCGCACCACAGUUUCGCAACCGUAAAGGCAGAGGCUCACACAAGGGUCGGUCGUAUGACCGGUCCCGCAGAGACCGCCAACGGGGAAGCCACUCUGGAGGCUUCGGUCCUGGGCCACGGUCUAGGCUUGACGAUACUGAUGCAGAUGUGACUAUGAGUGACAGCUCUCAGGACAGCAGCUCCCAGCACAGAUUCAACCCAUAUGGAAGACCUUUUCGAAAAGGAGGAGAUGGGCGCUUUGACAGAGACAGGCGACAAGGCAAAGGGGGAGUAGGUGGCAGAGGAGGAGGAGGCAGCUUUAGAGGAGGAGACAGAGGUGGAGGCAAUGGAGGAGGGAAAAGCCGUUCAGGCUGGUACAAAGUAACGAUACCACAUGGAAGAAAAUAUGACAAGAAAUGGUUAUUGACAGCUCUUCAGAACAUCUGUUCGGUUCCCUACACGCCUGUACAGUACCAUGUUGACCAUAACAGGGUCCAUUUCUAUGUGGAUGAUUCCUCUGCUGCCAAUGCUUUGCACAAAUGUUCUCACAAGAUUACAGACACAGAUGGUUAUAAGGUGGAAGUGCACAUCAACCCCAGCGCGCCACCAUCCUUCCUCCUCUCUGACCUAAAGCCUGAACACUUGGAGCACCUGAAGCAAUGCAUGGCAAAACGUUUUGAUGGCUCCCAGCAAGCACUCGACUUGAACAACAUCCGAACAGACCCAGAUCUGGUGUCUCAGAACAUUGAAGUCAUCUUAAAUAGGAAGACCAACAUGGAAGCUGUCAUCAAGAUCAUUGAAGAAAACAUUCCAGAGCUGACGGGUUUGAACCUGAGUAACAACCGUAUUCACAAACUGGAUGAACUUGCUGAUUUGGUUACCAAGGCGCCUAAUCUGAAGACUAUCAACCUCUCUCACAAUGAGCUUAAGUCAGACCGGGAGCUGGACAAGGUAAAAGGCCUGAAGCUGGUGGAGCUGUGGCUGAACAGGAACCCUCUGUGUGACCUCUUCAAGGAUCAGGCCUCAUACAUCAGUGCUGUGCGGCAGAGGUUUCCCCGACUUCUCAAACUGGAUGGUCAUGACCUCCCCCCACCCAUUGGAUUCGAUGUGGAAACGCCCACCACUAUCCCCCCCUGCAAGGGCAGCUGUUUUGGCUCUGAUGAAAUCAAGGUCAUUAUCCUUCGGUUCUUGCAACAGUACUACAGUAUAUACGACUCCGGGGACAGACAGCCACUCCUGGAUGCUUAUCAUGAUGGAGCAUCGUUAUCCCUCACAACACCUUACUCCACCCAAAACCCCUCCAGGAGCAGUCUGGGAGAGUAUCACAAAGACACUCGAAACCUGAAGAGGAUCAAAGACUCUACGAUGCGAUUUCGACUUCUGAAGCACACACGACUGAACGUGGUGGCUUUCCUCAACGAGUUGCCCAAAACUCAGCAUGACAUCGCCUCCUUUACUGUCGACGUAAACACCUACACGAACACACUAUUAUCAUUCACAGUGAGCGGAGUCUUCAAAGAAGUUGCUGUUGACGGUAAAUCCCGAGAGUCCACCAUGGCUUUCUCUCGAGUUUUCAUCACAGUCCCAGCAGGGAAUUCUGGUGUGUGCAUCGUGAACGACCAGCUUUUCAUCCGGAUGGCCACAACAGAGGAGAUUCGCCGAGCCUUCGUUGCCCCCGCCCCAACUCCCUCUUCCAGCCCCGUCCCCACCCUCACUGCACCGCAGCAAGAGAUGCUCACAGCCUUCUCGCAGAAGUCUGGCAUGAAUCUUGAAUGGUCCCAAAAGUGUCUGCAGGACAAUGAGUGGGAUUUUACCAGAGCGGCACAAAUUUUCACUCAGUUAAAGACUGAUGGCAAGAUCCCUGAUGUUGCGUUCAUAAAAUAAUUGAAAUGUUGAAUCAUACUUCUGUGAAAUAAAAUCUGCAGUAAUUUUAUUUAUGGCUUUUGUUUUAUCCGUUACACUUUGCCUUUUUGUUUUAUUAAAAAUAAUGUAGAUCAAGUUUACUAUUUUGUUUUAACAGCCAAUUGUUGACCUAAAGACUGAUGUUAUGAUACCAUUUUGGUAACCUUAGUUUUUGGUCAUUCUAUAGAAAUCACUACAUGUUAGGAAUAAAGAGAUAUGGCCAGUGGUUUAACUUGUGUUGAUGUUGAUUUGUUGUAUUAUGUUAAACAAUAAAAAAAUAUUUUGUUACCCAA